AUGGCGGAGGAGCGCGUGCAGGCUCUAGAGCAGCAGAUGAUAGCGCUGGCCCAGGAGCUGCAGAGACGCCAGCAGAGGGAUAACGAUCUCACGGCCGAGGUGCAGCGGCUCGGCCGUGUGGCCGAGGCUAGACCACGGGUGGACGGGCCUGUGCUACAGCCUCGAGCCGAGUCGCUCGUGGACACUCGCACGCUGGGCAAACCAGACGCGUUCACGGGCGAGGAGCACAAGUGGAACGAUUGGAAGGUGAUCUUCAAGGCGUACUGUGGCGUCGUGAACGCCGACUUGCUGGCAGGGAUGCGACUGGCAGAGAGCGCGGACGAGGCCUCAGUUCAGAACGAUGACUUCCUCGAGGGGAACAUGAGGCAGGCCUCGCAGCAGCUGAAUUACAUCUUGCUCCUCCUCUGCCGGCGACAUCCCCUGACGACGAUCGUGAAUGCUGGCGAGAAUGAGGGCUUCCAGGCUUGGCGCAAGCUGGUCGAAUACUACGAACCGAAUGCGAGGUCCCGCAUCGCGGGGCAGCUGCUGAACCUCCUGAACUUCUCGUUCACUGGCGAUGUCGAGGACCGGCUGGCGCCGUUCGAGCGAGAGCUCCUCAGAUACGAGCAGAGGAGCGGCGAGGCCAUCACAGCCUCUAUGAGGAUCGGCAUCGUCCUUCGGCAGCUCGAGGAAGGCCCUCUACGCCAGCACCUCUUGCUCAAUGCGACCAGGCUGGUGGAGUGGCAGGACUUCCGACGUGAGGUCACCGACGUCCGCCGUGCCCAGAGCGCCAUCGCCCGGGUGCCCGCGCCCAUGGACCUGAGCGCGUUCACCAAGGGUGACGGCAGGGGCAGGUUCAAGGGCGACGGCAAGGGCAAGAGCAAGUCCAGUGGCAAGGGCUGGAGCAAGGGCGACAGCAAGGGCAAGUCCAAGUCCGACGGCAAGAGCAAGACCAGCAGCAAGUCACAUGGUCAGCAGCUCGGGCCACUCUGCUGGGGCUGCGGCGGUCGCGGCCGCACCCAGCGCGAAUGCCCGAGCAAGCGCAGGGGGACGUUGGCGAGCAUGGAGCAGACGCUGGCUCGCAUCAACGCCUCCCAGUCGACGAGUACGACCGUGCCAUCGGCGGCCAGCUCUAUCUCGACGGCUGCGACUACGAGGCUGAGUCCGGCGACGGCGAUGUCCGGCACGAGCUCUCGACAGGUCGCAGCACUCUACCUGGGCGACGCGGACGAGCAGGUCAGCUACCCGUUCGCGAACCUCCACUCCCUCAGCAUCUACGACCCGGGGCCGGACAAGGCGGACGUGGUCGACUCUGCGACCGGCGCGGCCCUGGACCUGAACGCGAUCCACGGCAACUCGGAUGCGGAGGAGGUCGAGCUCAACGGCAUCUUGCGUGUGGGCAUCGACUCGUGUGCGGCGGCAUCGGGCGGCCAGGCGAUCUCGUACAAGACCGCCUUUGGCCACUACGUGAACGACGAGGGCGAGAAGAUCCUCGUGGGGACGAUGCCUGGGGCUUCUCAGGCACGCGCUGCCAAGUUCAGGGUGGCGGACAUCAGCAAGCCGUUGCUGAGCGUCGCGGAGAUGGACGACUCUGGCCGUCGGCUCGUCUUCGACUCGGAGGGCGGGCAGGACAUUAGCUACGCGUGCCACAAGACCAGCGGAGACGUUGUCAAGUUCUGCCGCGGGAACAAGGUCUACGAGAUGGAUAUGCACGUCGACCCGUGCGUGCCGGAGGUCUGCCCGGUCGAGGUGGCAGGCCACGAGCCUCCCGAGGGCGAAGCCGGCCAGCCAGGCGCGGCUCACGAGGAGGUCGCGGAGGGCCCGCCGGCACGGCCGGCGAGGGAGCCCGCAGCGCCGACGGCGGCCGAGCGAGCCGCGCACGAGGUGCUGCACGAGCCCUACAGGGCAUGGCGCCGGGAGUGCGUCUCCGGCAGAGGCCUGUCCGCAGGCCAUCAGACGAAGGACCGCCAGGAGUCGGCGCUCGCGGUGGUUGGCAUCGACUACGGCUACCUCGGUGAACGAGAGGACGCCGCGCCGCUGCUGAUCGGGAAAGAUUCGAAGCAGCGUUGGUUCCACGCGUCGGUGGUCCCAGCUAAGGGCACGCAGCAUCCCUGGCCGGCAAAGUCGUGGUCCAGGAGGCUGGCAUCGGCUGGUCACAAGCGCUUCGUCUUCCGCUCAGACGGCGAGGCGCCGCUCGUCGCCCUGAAGACCCGCAUCGGGGCCAAGCUCAAGGAGGAGUGCGGCAUCGAGACGGUGCCCGAGGAGAGCGCGGUCGGCGACUCCCAGGGCAACGGCCUGGCCGAGCACGCGGUGCGCGAGGUCAAGGCCAAGGUGAGGACGGUGCGGGCGCAGGUGGGCGACCUCCACGGCGUGAGCAUUGGCUUCGCAGCCAUGUCCAUCAACCUGGGCAGGCGGGGCGCCGACGGCCGCACGGCUUGGGAGCUUCGGCACGGCCGCCCCUUCAACAAGGACCUGGCUUGCUUCUCGGAGAAGGCCCUAGUCUACAUUGGCACGGAGUGGGGCGCGCUACGGGCCAGGACCUUCAAGCGGUUGACGGUCGAGCAGCGGGCCGACAAGGACCUGCUGAACUGCCUCGUGGGGAAGCCGUGGGCGCCGGUGCCGACGGACGUAGAGGUGGACGAAGUGCCGGUGGCCAUCGAGAUCCGAGCGCCGGUGCCAGCGCCGGUCGCGCCUGUGGGCGGACCUCUGGCGCCCAUCCCUGAGGCUGGGGACCUCCCGCCCCGGGCUCUCCGAGUCGGGCGACCACCAGCAGGGCCGCGGGCCGUCUACAUCAGGAAGGACGUCGAGAUCGCGAAGUGCGGGCUCUCCCCGGGCUGCUACGGCUGCGCCGCGAUCCUCAACGGCGCCCGGGCGCAGGCUCGCUCAGCCGAGUGCCGCGCUCGGAUCGAGCAGGCGAUGCAGGACGACGAGGAGGCAAAGCAGAGGCUCGAGGAUGCCCGUGAGCGGAAGCGGCAUCGCACUGACGUCGCCGGGCCUGUCUAUCAAGAGGGCGGCUCGUCAGGCAGUGGCGGUCCAGCCCCAGCUCAGCAGGUGCCGCCAGCACCCGAGGCCGCGGCGGCGGCUGACGCGGCGAUGGCUCCGGCACCACACGACCCUGGCGACGACAACAUGCAGGAGGAGAUCGGUGCCCUCCUGCUCUCCCUCGGCUACAGCGGGCGCAAGGCCGAUGUGAUGGAGGUCUUCUGCCCGAAUAGGCUCGUGGGCUUUGCCCCCCUCUUCGGUCUGGUCCACGGCGGCUCGUUCGACCUGAGGGUUGGCUGGGGCCUGACCGACCGCCAGCAGCAGCGACAGUGCCGGGAGCUGAUCGAGCACUUCGAGGUGUACUUCCCCUUGGGCAGUCCUCGCUGCGCGCCGUUCUCCAUGCUGAAGUACCUGAACGAGGACACGGAGAAGCAGCGUGAGGCCUACGCCAUCGGGCACGAGCACUUGAGGUUCGUGAUGGAGCUCUACACGCUGCAGGUGAAGCACGACCGCACGUUCUUGCACGAGCACCCCUGGAGCGCGGACAGCUGGGACCUGGACAUCGUGAAGGAUGUGAUGGCUCUCCCGGGUGUCGCGGUCGGGCGAGGCGACCAGCGCGCGUUCGGCCUGGUGGUUGCUGACGCGCACGGCGACAGGCUCGCCAAGAAGCCGACAGGGUGGAUGAGUAAUAACAAGGAGGUGUUGGAUGAGGUCUGCAAGCGCUGCCCCAAUGAUACUGGCAUUGGCAGCCGCCACGAGCAUUCCACCUUUGUCGGCCGCAACAUGCGCGUGGCGGAGAGGUACCCGGUCAAGCUCCUCCGCGCCAUCCUCCGUGGCCUCCGCCGUCACCUUAGCAACAAGAAGGUGCUUACGCAUUCGGCCCUGGAUGCUGGGCCGAACGUGGACGACGAGGAGAUCAGCCUGAAGGACUUCGUCGGGAAGUGGCGCGACACGCUGAGGACCGAGUUCUACGACGACCUCACCGGCCUCCCGCUGGACUCCACGCGGGUGAAGGCCGCGAGGCGCCUGGAGAUGGAUUUCAUGGCGCAGCUUGGCGCGUGGGUCUACGCGAGGGAGGAGGACUGUCAGCGCGAGCUUGGACGGAGGCCUCUCAGUGUGCGCUGGGUUGAUAUCGACAAGGGCGACACGGACCGGCCGGAUUGCAGAUCCAGGCUCGUCGUGCAGGAGACCAAGGCGCAGAGCGCCAUCGCCGGGGACGACAUCGGCGCGGUGUUUGCGGCGACCCCGCCGCUAGAGUGCCUUCGGCUCAUCUGCAGCAUGGCGAUGUCGAGCGACCCGUCCGAGGGCCGCGUGCUGCGCUUCCUGGACAUCUCGCGGGCGCACCCGCACUGUGAGAUCAAGAGGGCGGUCUACAUCAAGCUUCCAGAGGAGGAUCCGAUGUCGCAGGAGAUCGGCACGUGUGGGCUUCUGCGGAUGGCGCUCUACGGGACGCGCGACGCUGGCCAGAACUUCGAGCUCACGACCGCCGAGACGGUCAUCGGUGCUGGCUGUGACCAGUCGGCCUUCUCGCCUUGCGCGUACUGCCACAAGGACCUCCAGGUGAGCUUCUUCCACCACGGCGACGACUUCGUGCUCGAGGGCUCUCGGGACGGGACGGAGUCGAUCUGCGAGGCCCUGAAGACGAAGUUCAUCGUGAAGGACAGGGGCGUGCUCGGGCCGGCGCCUACCGACGCAAAGGAGAUCACGCGCCUCAACAGGGCCAUCGAGUACGAGGCGGAUCCCAGGCACGCGCAGAUCUUGCACGCGCAGCUUGGAUUGGACCCCCGCACCACGAAGUCAUUGAGCACGCCAGGGCUGAGCCAGAAACUUACACCUGAGGUCGAGCGCGAGCUGAACGAGCACGAGGCGGCAGAGUACCGCAGUGCGUGCAUGAGGCUGGGCUACUUGGCGCUCGAUCGGCCAGAGGUGCAGUUCACGGCCAAGGAGUGCGCUCGCGGCAUGCAGAAGCCGACAGAGCGACACCUCCGCCUCCUGAAGCGCGCUGGGCGCUUCUUGAUCGGGGCGCCGCGGGCCAUCUGGAAGUGGGGCCGACAGCGGGCACCCACAAUCCCCAUCUCCAUGAGUUCGGGGGAGGCUGAGUUCUACGCCUGUGUGCGAGCGGCCAGCAGGGCCAUCGGCAUGCAGUCACUGUGCCAGGGCCUAGGCAGGGACGUGAGCCUUCGCAUCUGGAGCGACUCGGCAGCUGCUCUUGGCAUCAUGCAACGACGAGGCUGCGGCAAAGUCCGACACCUCGAGACGCCGACGCUGUGGGCGCAGAAGGCACUCAAGGACGGACGGUUUCAACUGGCCAAGGUUCCCGGGAAGUCGAACCCGGCGGACCUGGGGACGAAGUUCCUCGACCAGGCGGCGAUGCUCCGAGGGCUCGAGAUGAUGAGUGUCAAGCUCUCGGACGCGCCCCUCUCGAGUGCCCUUUCAGGCGAAGGUCUGAACCAGGGGCACGAGCGGCCAUUUUGGCCUGGCCAUUUCGGCCUGCAGUCUUUCGCUCCGCGCUGUCAUUGCCUUGGACGGGCUACGGCCGUCAGCGCGGCUAUUGCGUGCACUUUGAUUGCAUUUCGGAGCUUUUCAGGGUUCGAGCAUCGUGCCCGGCUGAAGAGCUAG